AUGGAGCGCGGUCCCCUGCGGCUGAAGGGCAGCGGGGGCCUGGGGACCGGCAGGCGGGAGAAGGAGGCGAAAGACAAAGCCCAGAUACGGGCAGCAAGGAGCAGGGAGGAGGAGGAGGAGGAGAAGCACGGGCUGGACAAGCGCACCCCGGCGCAGGUGGCCUCGGAGAAGAUGCAGGAGAAGCAGCAAAUAGAGCAGAUCCUGAAGAAAGCGUCGAAAACCCGCAAGGAGCGAGUGGAGGAGUUCAGCGGGCACUUGGAUGCUCUGACCGAGCACUGCGAUAUCCCAAAGGCAGCUGGGAUGAACGGGCUGCUUGUCGCGGCUCUGGAGCUGGGUUUGGUUUGUAUCGAUGUAAACCUGGCUGUUCUCCAUAUUGUUAUAUUCUCGAAUGCAACUUCGGAGCUUUUGUGA